GGCCGCGCGUGCGGGACGGCGGCGCGAUGGCGCGAGGCGGCUGUGCCGCUAUUUAGGGACAGCGGCCGCGGAGCGCAAGGCGGCGGUGCCGGAAAUUCUGUGCAGCAUGUUUUCUAGGUGGAACUGGGUGGCCUGUGGCUUCUAUCUGAUGUUGAAUAUUUGUUCUCCUGACGCUUCAGGUGGACUUGUGCAGUCAUGUGGUCACAUCAUCCCGGAGUCACCUGUACUGGCCCUUGGUUCCAAUUUCACAGCAUUAUGCAUUCUGAAUGAGAGUUGUCUUGACUUUGGCAAUAUCUAUGCCAGUCAGAUUAUCUGGAAGAUUAAAAAUAGAGUGGUACCUAAAGAACAGUAUCGUGAAAUAAACAGAACAGUUUCCAGUGUCACAUUCAAUGACACUUCUUCACUAGCUACUCCUCUGACGUGCAACAUUUUAGCAGAUGGACAGAUUGAACAGAACAUUUAUGGAAUUACAGUUACAGUGGGCUUGGCCCCAGAGAAGCCUAAGAACUUAAGUUGUAUUGUGCAUCUGUUGUCAAGAUACACACCUGUUAUGACAUGUACCUGGGAUCCCGGAAGGCACACCUUCCUGGAUACUCAGUUCAGGUUGAGAUAUCGCUGCUUAUGUGUUCUUUCUCUUUCAUCUAGGCCAGAAGAGCUCUUUCCUGACUGUAUACCAAAAGAUGUAAACAAUUCUUGCACCAUUACUGAUACUCAGUUCUUUGUUAACACAGAGAUCUGGGUAGAAGCAACAAAUGCACUUGGGAAGGCUGAAUCUGAUCAUCUUGUUGUUGAUCCUAUUGACCUUGUUAAACCAGUGUCUCCGCAGAAUGUAUCAGUCAGCUCAGGAGCACUACCUACUGGUCUAACGCUUUCCUGGCAGAAUUGGAUUCCAGAAGCUAUGAUGAAGCUGAAAUUCAAUAUUCGCUACAGGGUUGUUGGUGACACGAACUGGACGGAGGUUCCUUCUGAAGAUACAGCUUACCCAAGAACUUCAUUCAAUGUUCAAGGUCUCAGACCCUACACAGAGUAUGCCUUUUCCAUUCGUUGCAUGAAGGAAGAUGGACAGGGCUACUGGAGUGACUGGAGUGAAGAAAAGACUGGGAUUACCUCUGAAGAGCAACCAUCUAAAGGACCACCCCUAUGGAGGAUCAUUGAUAAAUCUCACUCACCAGGUUCCUGGACUGUGCAUCUAAUAUGGAAGGCACUGAAGCCAUUUGAAGCCAAUGGAGUAAUCUUGCAGUAUGAAGUGACUGUCAGAGAUAAAUCAUCUCUUACCAGUCCAGUGAAGAAAUACAAUGUUACCAGCACCAACCAGACCUUACAGCUGCCAGAAGGAACCUACGAAGUGACUCUGAUUGCCCGUAACAGUGCUGGGGCAUCUCCUCCAUCCGUUUUACUUAUCCCAGCAAGUAAUUCCAAAGCUCCUGUGAAGAAUCUUAGAACAUUACCUAAACAUGACAAGUUGUGGGUAGGGUGGACUGCUCCGAACAGUUUUGUUCUUAAGUAUGUGAUUGAAUGGUGUCUGAUGUCUAGCAGCUCAGACUGCAUCAUAGAAUGGCAGAUUGCACCAGGAGAUAUUCAAGACAUUGAGUUAAAAGGUAUAAAGCCUUUCAAGUGUUACUUGAUAACUGUGUACCCUCUGUAUGCUGAUGGUCAAGGAAGUGGACAGUCUGUGAAGGCUUAUCUUAAGCAAGAUCGUCCUUCAAAAGGACCUACUGUUCAGACAAAAAAAGUAGGAAAAGCUGAAGCUGUUUUGACAUGGAACCAUCUCACAGUUGAGGAACAAAAUGGAUUUAUCCGAAAUUACACCAUACUUUAUAAAACUAUUGAUGGAAAUGAAACAGUUGUGACAGUGGAUCCUUCCAAGACAGAGUAUACCCUUUCCUCUCUAACCAGUGACACACUGUAUACUGUGCGGAUGAUGGCAUCCACAGACAAUGGAAGCAGAACCGGUCCUGAUUUCACAUUUACUACACAAAAAUUUGGAAGAGGAGAAAUUGAAGCCAUAGUUGUACCUGUGUGUCUAGCCUUCCUGUUGAUUGUGCUCCUUGGAGUUCUGUUUUGCUUCAACAAACGUGACCUAAUUAAAAAACAUAUCUGGCCUAUCGUACCUGAUCCAUCCAAGAGUAACAUUGCUCAGUGGUCUCCUCAAGUUCCAGCCAAGCAUAACUUUAAUUCCAAAGAUCAGAUGUACCCAGAAGGCAGCUUUACAGAUGUAAGCGUUGUAGAAAUAGAAGCUGACGACAAGAAGUCUUUUUCAGAACAAGAUCUAAAACCCUUUGACUUGCUUAAAAAAGACAAAAGUACUUCAGAAGGGCACAGCAGUGGUAUUGGAGGAUCCUCGUGCAUGUCGUCUCCUAGACAAAGCGUGUCUGACAGUGAUGAAGGUGAAACAACACAGAACACUUCAAGCACUGUACAGUAUUCGACUGUAGUGCUUAAUGGCUACAGAGACCAGACACCUGUACAAGUCUUUUCAAGGUCUGAGUCAACUCAGCCACUGCUAGAUUCAGAAGAGAGACCAGAGGAUCAUGCUGGAGGAGUUGACAGUCCAGCACAGAGGCAGCAGUAUUUCAGACAAAAUGGUGGUCAGGAUGAAGUCAACACAGACAGGCCAUGCUUUGAAAUAACAAAGCAGAUUAUUCAUGCUAAUGAGGGAGAUCUUGUUGGAUUUGUUCAACUGCAGAUCUCAGGUCAGAGUUCACAGCCAUUGGGCCUUGAGAUAGAAAAAAAUACCCAGGAAGCUGCUCUAUCAAAUGUUUUACAGACAUAUACUGAAGGACAAACUGUGAGACCUGAAACAGUGGAAGAAAAUCCACUGUCAGUUGAUGAAAUGCCAAAAAGUUACCUCCCACAGACUGUGAGACAUGGGGGCUAUAUGCCUCAAUGAGAGAAAAGACUGGCUCUGUUUAGGCCUUCAUUUGUGCCUGUUCACAUCUUCCCCUGUGUUUCUGAUAAAGUAAGCUAGGUAUUUUUAUCUUUCUGCAGAUUGAAAAACUGAAAUUGAGCAAAGAGUAAUUUGACAAAAUACAAUGAGGACUGUUUUUAUGGAAAAUUUCCAGUCCAGACCUACUGGAGAUGUACUUUUAUGCACUACAUAAAACCUUACAUCUGGAUAGCUAAACGAGCCUUUGUGCUACAUUGGGUGUUUUGUGUCUCUUAACAGAAUUGCACAUGACUGAAAAGGUCAAGUUUUAAAUAUUCACAUCAGCCAACAGACCUCCCAGAAGAAACACUUUGAUGCAUGGCAGUGUAUAAGCCUAAAAAGCCAGCUCUAGUUGCACAUUGCAGAUUUGUGCAAAAGUAAGACCAAAGCUCAGUAUUCUGACAUGGAAGAAUACUUGUGUGAUCUACUUUUCAAUAACUUAAUAGACUUACUGAAUUUUGACUUGGCCCAGUGCCUCAAUUUUCAGCUUACCAGACCUGCAAAUAAUCAUCCCUGUUUAAAAAACAUAAAAAUUAAAUAUAACUUGCUAUGGUGUACAAAUAGGAAAACACCAAGAUGGCUUGAAUCUGAAUGCUACUAUAGUAAUUGAUACUUUACCUACAUUUAGAUAUAUGUACACAUGAACUAUAGAGUCAUUUGGCCUAAAAAAUGUGCCUUGCAACUUGACACAUGGCAGUUCAGUCUCAGAUGACAACACCGAUCAGCAGUUAUUUAAAGGUGUUGUACCCCAAUCACUGUUUCUAUGUAAGUUUUAUUAUAUAGAACUUCUGUGGUCAUAUAUGCCUUUGUUUAGUACACUUUGCUGUGUACAGCUCAAGUAACAAGCUGCAAGCUUUUACCAUUUUUGAAUGCUCAGGCGAAAGGAAAUAUGACCUUCCUCCUGCCAGACUGCAGCUAUUUGUGUGCUGUAACCUCACUGAUAAUACUGCAGGACAUCCUUGAAACUGAAAGCACCCAAAGCAUUGAAGUUAUUGAUGCUUUUGGAUCUAAAACCAAAACCUGUUCUCUGAAUUUGGACUUUUGUAGUGCAUAUCUAUUAGUAAUCAUGAGCCAUAAAAUGUACUUAAGUGGUUGUUAAAAUUCCUAACUUUUUUCUUAAUGUCUCACUUUUUCCCUGCUCAUACACUUUUUUGAGGAAGCUACAUUCCUUGGAGACUUCUUCUAGCACUGUUUUAAACCAAAAUUAAAUUACAUGACAAUAAACAGCUUCUCCAGAGGCAACCAGAAAUUUUAUGGCACUCUUAAAAAAAUUUUUAAUUAAUUUUAAAUCUAAUAGAGGCUAGUCAGCUUUCUAAUUGACACUAAUAAAAUUAUUUCAAAACACUAAAUGCUGUUUUGUGAGACUAAAGCAAGUGUUUUAUUUCUCCUUCAGCAAAAUAACUAUAUAUUUAAGACCACCUGAAACCUUUUGUGCUGUGACCUCUGGUACUGCUAUUCUGCAGAGCACUUGCUAAAAGCCCUUGAAAGGCCUGUGUCAGUAUCAUUUCAUCCUCCCUUGUCUGCCAGCUUGUGUGGAAGGAUGGGUAUACGUGUAAAUGUCCACAUAUGUCUUUUGCUUUAGUUAUGAAGAAAUUAAGUGCAAGAGUAAAUUUGUAAGAUUAUCUCUUGAAGUUUGGAAUAUUUAAAACAGAUAAAGAAUGCAGAAUGUUUAAUAACAUUUCAAUAUUCCACAGUUCCUUUCUUCUGACAGUAUUUCUCUGUAUGUAGGCACAUUUUUUAAUUAAAAGGUUAUGUUAAAGCUUACUCUAAUUACAGCUUUCUUCAGACCAAUCCUUUUCCUUUUCAUCCCACUGCACCUCAGCACCUUCAAACUCCCAGAGGCCAAAGGCAUAAUGAAAACUGCUGUCAUGAGACAGCAGAGACCAUCUUUCAUUUUUCAGAGGUUGAAGGAGCAUUCCUUUCUCAGAACACAUUCCUCUUGGGAAAAAACAGCAGUUACUUUACUGGGGAAUGAGUUACCUUCUCUAUGCAAAUUUCACAGUGAGUACUGUGAAGAAACCACAAGUUAAAGGGAAAAUCUCUGUUGAGCAGUGUGCAUGCUUAUUAGAAAGGCCCAGCAGCCGCCACAUGCAUUUAAUCUGUCUUCUCAUCUCUGAAAUAUUGUAGGUCACAACCUAGCUACAUCGUUUUUCUGGUUUAGGGCAGAUUUGGGAGGAAACUUCCAAAGGGUGGGCGUCGCUCUAGAAAGCAGAUUCAAACAGCCCUUCUCACCACUGGUUCAGGAAAAUAUUUCCUUGAAGAAAAGUGUAGAAAACUGUUUAUGUAACAAGCAAAGUACUUAGAAAUAUGAGAAAAUUAUUAUAUUAAACAAUGGAACCUCUCACUAUUCUGAAGAUGGCAAAUUCAGAAAGUCCCUAUCAUGGGGGGCAGCUCUCAGUUCCCCCUGCUGGAAAUGGCACAGCCUGGCCCCAGUGGGCUCCAGGUGUGAGCUCCCUGGUGUUCUCAGCAGGGCUGAUCAGCUCCAAGAAAAAGAAGAGCCACAGUCUGGGCAGCUUCUCUGCCUCAGCUAGCUAAAAACCAACUAAAAGCCAAGGAGAACUCUGCAGACAGCACAGAGAGAGAAUACGGGGGACUGAGCGUAGUUUCUGCAAACAAACUGCAGCUUCCUGUCCCCCUUCACUCUCAGAACCUCUAAAGGUGAAGAACUUAACAUCCAGCAUGAACAGAACAGACAACUGGGGGUAGAAGCAUCAUAAAGUCUAGGACAGUAGUUUAAACAGUGCUGCAAAGGUCUGGAUGUUUUCAAAACUAUGUUAAUGAUUUUUUAAAUUAUGUUUUUGAUUUAGUAAUACUAACUUUUGGUAGCAUGUUAUUUGAGGGAGAAUGUCAGGUAUUCCUUAAGUUGCUACUUGCCUUUCUGUAAAGGAAAGGCAUUUUCUUCUCAUUUGCUAUUAAUCGUGUACCAUUCAAGACUUAACUGAUGUUAAACAGCAGCAAUAGAUUCUGGAUUUUAAAGUCUGUGCUAACAAGAGUUCUGGCCUGUCAUUUCUGGCAUCUUUUAUUGUUGUUUAUGGGCCAGUAGUAUUAAACUCAAGGAAUUGAAUGGGUCCUAGAGAACGUUCUGGCUGGCUGGCAGUGACAUGCUCUCUUUUGAGACAGUGCAUUUACCUAGGGCUAAAAUACUAAAGACUAAACUGGAUCUCCUAGUGGGUGAACAGCUGGUAGAAGCCACAAUACAUAAAAAAAACAGGUUUACAGCUAGUUCAUUAACCUACGUGCCAAAUACAUUGUGCAGUGUUCAGGGUUUAACAAGAUUUUGUACUUCAGACUGUAAAAAUCUAACUGUAUCAAACAGUUGCAUACAGGCUUUAGGAGUAUCUGCAGUGUAAUUACAGCAAUCCACUGAAAUUUUCUGAGCUUGGCCCUAACAUAGAAAUUAUAGAAAAAGUUUUCUCCCUCUUCCACGCCCUCCACCCCCUUCACCAAUGGCUGUUGGUGCAUGUAACAAAAUAAAGGCAUUAUUAAAGUCACAUUUCACUAUAGACACUUUCAUGUCCAUCUUGAUUUCCUGGACAGGAAUUUUUCAGGUACAGGUGGAAGAAUAGUUGUAAGGACUGUUUUAUUUGAUAGGGAGAGAACAGAAGCUAGUAGAAAUAUAUUAGCAUAUUUGAAAAACCUCUUAAACACAGGCUGGUUAAUGCUCCUCUGUUUACAAGAGAACUAAAUAUAUUACCUUUGUAAUAGUAUUGUGGUGGUUCAGUUAGACCAGGAGAUGAUUGAUACUGUUUUCUGGAGUGUGUUGGCUUACUUUAAGGGCAGAUCAUCUAUUAAUAUCCUCUCCUGCUAUAGUGAAAGUCUUGGGAUUGCUUCAUACCUGCUAAUUUAAGCUUCCUGUUACACCUUAACACGGCAGUACAAAGCACAACAGAGGAAAAGUUUUUUUAAACUUUGUUCUGGAGAGUUUAUGACAAGUAUGUGCUUGUCUGAUACAGAAGCCUAGCAAAAGCUGGAAAAAACCUGGGCUGUGGGCAGAUGAGGGAGUGUGCAUGGUAGGGCUGAGUCCCAUUGUUGGACUCUGGAGCAGCCCUCUCACCUGGGUGAGAGCUUCAGCUUUGCAAAUCAUGAGCUUUGUCAGGUGGUUAAAACAUAACAUCAGUAUUCCCAGUAGGUGGCAAUCACCAUGGCGAUUUAAAUUAAGUAAUUCUUUAAUUAGAGUCAGGUCUCAGAUACCCAAGAUCUGCAUCAGUGUAUGCUGCUAUGGAAUUUACUUCUCAGUGGGAUCUGAAACUCCAAAGACUGGCAGAUUGUUAAUAGUGUGCCCCACUCCCAGACAUGCACAUUUUACAUUGUAAUUUAUGUGCUUUAAAUGGAACUAUAUACACUAGUUUAUUUUCCCCAUUAGACAGUGGUUGUAGUUGAGAUUAACUGUUACUUGAAUACAUUACUUUAACUGUGUUAAAAAGUUCUUGACUGAUGGACUGUAAGAGUUCAUUAAUCCCCAUAAGCUCUUGUCCAUCUGCAAGGAUGGAUACAUAUUUUAAAUUCCAGGAGUCGCUUGUAAUGUUAUACAGGAGAAGUUUAUAUAAAAAUGUUGAUUCUUCUGUCAUGAAACAGCUGUUAGGGAAUUGCAGCCAACCCAAGUCUUCAGCUUUGCUUUUGAUCCAGAAAACUGCAGUAAAUUGGAGGUGUAAGUGCAAAAGUCUGGAGGAGGUUGAAAUUAAGUAUCUUGUAUUGGACUCAUUAAUUUCCAUUUCUCUUCCUUUAAAGUGAAAGCAUCAGUAAAACAAACAAGCAAAAAAAGCUUAAAAAAAUCAUGUAUAUUUGCUUUCACUGUUGUUUCCUUUGUAGGACUUGUGCAAUCUGAGCCAUUCUUGAAAAUAAAAGCAGUGCUGACUUAAUGCACAAGGAUGCAUUUCUAAGGCCACAAGAUUUGAUAAAACAAACCUAAAAAUAAUAAUGAAGGGCCAGAUUUCAACAAUUGUCUGCUUCUCUGCCUUUUAACUGUAGUGCAGAGAGAGGGUGGGCAGCAAGUACCUCCCAGAAUGCAGCCUUAGCCAGUACUUGUAUUUAUUUGCAAAGACAACCUGAAGGGGAUAUAUGCAAUAAUGUCCUUGCUACUCUGCAGAAGCACACUUCUGUAACAAUAGAUGAAAAACACUUAAUGGCACAACUGUUGACUGAUGGCUGGAAAGCUCCACAUCCUCCUGCUCAGACUAAAGUGUCAGCUGUUCUUCUCUGGGGAUCACAGGCGUGGCAGAUGGGCAUUCUCUGCAAUGUGAAACUGGUAACACCUAUCACUUUUCAUCAUCAAAGCACAUUUGUUAAUGGAUCCAGUCAACUUGCCAUGUUUUUUUUAACACACCAAUUUUGUUUACAGUGUCACAUAUAGCCUGACACUUUGAUACAGCCAGGGACUGUCUAGUAACCAAUUGCUUUUAUUUGGGGAUAAGAAGUUACUGGUCACCCAGUUUGCUGUGCCAAUAUAUGCAUCUAGGUGAGCGGAGGUGUGUGACGGGAACAGAUACACCAACAAGGAAAGUGCCUUGAUGCUGAAUUGGAUGGCUAGUGAAUGUAAACAUUAAGUUAAAUUUUGCUAUGUACUUAAACUAAAUAUGGCUGAUUAAACUAGUGGUAAUUUGAAUGCCAGCUUUAAAGGGCUUGUAUAUUCCAGCCAGAGGUUAAACUUGUAAAUUGUUGCAUAAGCUGUCUCUGUAUGGAAAUGUGUUUUAAUACUUGUUCACUGUCUUUAUUCUUUUGCAAGCUGCAUGUGUAUUGUCAUGUAAAAUCUGCUUUCUAUGAUUUAUUUUUAUGGUCAGUUUUGAAUGUCUUCCUCUUUGUUAUCCGACUGAGCCUGAAUGUUGCAUUUCUGUAGUAGAUAAUAUGCCGGAAAAAAACAAAAUUCCAUACUUA